GUUAAGUGCUGAAAAGUUAGCCGUGAUAGUUAAGUGCGCUCGUAACUGAAACUCGGCCUGUCGGUUGCCUCCACACACGUUGGCCUUUUCCCCAAAGUUUUUUGGCCAAGCUCAUCCGACUCUCCGUUCUUUCCGGGCCUGUCAAAAUGUUUUGGCCCGAACUUUUCGUCCAGGCCCCCAACAAUUGAAGUUUUGACAACAAAAUUUAGUUAAGCAAAGCUGCCGCGGUUUCAUAUUCUUUUCCGGCUGAACUGCCGAACUGCAGAGUGGAGUUCGUAGGAAAAAACUGGCGUACCGUAUUGCCGUAGUGCACUUUUUGCAGCCUUUCGAUCCUUGUUUGGUUAACUACGUGAACCGCCAGCAAAGUGAACAGAUUGAACGUGUGAUGUGAAUGCCCUGCCAUGGAUCUCAAGACUGGCUCUCUCCUGGUCGCGCCCGCCGUGAAGAACUCCAGCUGCUCGCAUCCACGCUACUCGGGCCACAACUUCAUCGCCCACAUAGGGAUUGCAGAGACCAUCGAGGCGGUGCUCAUUCUGGUCCUGACACUUGGCGUCAUCGGGGCCAACUGCCUGGUCAUCUUCGUCAUCAACAAUCGCCGCUAUGCGGCCUACAUACACCAACAGCCCCGCUAUCUGCUCACCUCGCUGGCCCUGAAUGACCUGACAAUUGGUCUGUUAAUUACACCAUUCGGUCUAAUGCCGGCAUUGUUUCACUGCUGGCCGUACGGAGAGAUCUUCUGUCAGAUACAGGCUCUGCUGCGCGGCGCGCUCUCCCAGCAGAGCGCCGUCAUCCUGGUCUGCAUGGCCGUCGAUAGAUAUAUGUGUGCCCUGCAUCCGCGGCGGUACUACCAGCACUCCAGCAAGAAGGGUUGUGUGGCCAUACUGAGCUUAACCUGGAUUAUCAGUCUGACGGUGUUUGGCUUUCUGGUGCUGCCCAAAGGUUACUACUUCAACAAUACGGGUCUAAUGGCCUGCGAGCCCUUCUACAGCAAGCCCUCGUACAGGAUUCUGUCGACGUGCGCCCUCUACUUUCCCACGACCAUGGUGCUGAUGUACUGCUAUGGCUCCAGCUUCCACAUGAGCCGCUUCCGGCUCAACGAUCCGACCAUGCCGCUCACUGCCGCCGCCCAUCACCCCCAUCCCCACCCACAUCCCACCGCCGCCCAGCAGCUCCAGAUGCAUCAGCAGCAUCAGCAGCAUCAACACCACCAGCAGCAACACCAUCAGCAGGCGGGGAUGCACUCGCACCUCUACCACGGCCACUCGCACCACCCACACCACCAGGGCCACCCCAACCAUCCCCACCACCAUGGCCCGCCCGUCAUGGGGCAUCUCAGCAUGGCCAUGAGCAUGGGACUGGCCGGCAUGCCGAACAUGACAAACAAGAUUACCAAAAAGAUUGUUCCCAUCCAGGAGAAGAACUCGAGCGGAUCCACCUCACGUUCGAUGGCUGCCAUCUCGCUGGGCUUCAUUGUGAUGGUCACUCCAUGGACGAUUCAGGAGAUAGUCACUGCCUGCACUGGAUCCAAGUUGCCGCCGUUCCUCGAUUUCCUGGUCACCUGGACGGCGCUGAGCAAUAGCUUGUGGAACCCCUUCAUGUACUGGCUGCUGAACUCCGACUUCCGCCGACUGAGUCGCCAACUGAUGCCGAACAAAUGCUUCCCCCACGAGGAUACCCCGGAGCACAAAUCAGGCUGUUGUCACAUCAAUGCUAACGAUUUCGAAAUCACAACGCUUCCGAUUCCCCCGGAACCGCCAUCGUCCCGUCCCCCGGCAGGAGGAGGAGGAGGCUCGUCCAGUGGCGGCGGCGGGGCGGCCAGCUCUGGCGGCGGAGUGGCCAGCUCGAUUGGUGGCUCCGUUCUGGGGAUUUGCGCCCGCUCGCGGGCAAAUAGUUUGAGCCGCAGUGCCUCCCAGUACAUCCGUGGCACAAUGGGCGGUGGCAUGCAUAACCAUCAGGCGGCGGAGGCCUUCUCCACCACGCGGCCCGACAUAGAGGGCCUCUCCGAGAAGUACUGGGGUGAGAUCCUAGAGCGAACCGUCAGCUCGGGCAAUUUAAACGCCAUGCAGAAGAACCUGCCGCCCCACCUGCCCUACACCCACCACCUGGUCCACCAGCUCCAUCAGCCGCAGCAGCACCACCAGCAGCAGACCACCUCCUUCAGCAAGGCCAGCGAUCUGCAACUGAAUCUCAACCUCAGCCAGGCAGCUACGGCCGCCGAACUGGGCAAGUUCUCCAACUCGGAGCCGAAACUUUGUGAGCACCUCUUCCACGACGUCAACUGCGCCAAGAGCAAGGCCGCCAACGGGGGCGGCGCCCUGGAUGGGGAGUCCUCCGGCAAGCUGUCCUGUGGGCGCAGCAUUCCGGACAUCUAG